UCCCAGUGCAAGCAAGUGUCAAGUGUGCCACUAGACAUUGGGAUAAACAAAACAACCUUUCCUGUUUGGAAAUCUGAUACGUAGUUAAAGAAGGGAAAAAGAAAAGUAAAACAUUUUGAAGUGGAUCCAUCAUGGAAGCCGCCCGUGUGUCCAUGCCGGGUGCCACAGACUCCAACCUGGAAUUUGCUGACUACAGUCUCUAUAGCAACCUGUCUGAUGAUGAGCUCAUGCAGCUGGCAAUCGAGCGAAGCAUUGCUGAUGCCCAGAACUCUGGGCCAGGCACUGAAAACUCAAAGACCCCUGUUGUUCUAAACAGGCCAGCAGGCCCACGCCGAGCUCCACCAUCACAUCGUCCCCAGCAGCAGACAGAACCAGCUGCGUGUCCUGCCAAUCCACCCAGAGAAACAAUAAAUCUACAGGAUGUGAUUUCAGUAAGUCACUUUGUGACUGGUUAUGGCAAGCGAAUGGUGGCCUACCGAAAAUACGAUGGAAGUAUGCAAGUCGCCCCUGAGCCUGAAGAGGAGCUUGAGCCUAUUGUUAAGGCAAUUUCAGAAGGAGAUGUGGGAUCAGUGAGACUAUUGGUUAAGCAACCUGGGUGCAACCUCCUUAAACCAAAUAACGAUGGAUGGAUUCCUUUGCACGAGGCGGCAUAUUAUGGACAAGAUCAAUGUAUUAAAAUUAUCCUGAGAGCUCAACCUGGGAUGAUCAACCAGCGCACUUUAAAAGAGCAGACGGCUUUAAUGAUAGCUGUGACCAGGGAACAUCUUGCAUGUGUGGAGCGCCUUCUGGAGAAAGGAGCUGAUCCUGAUAUUGCCAAUAAAGAGAAGGAGACUCCCCUUUACAAAGCUUGUGAGAAGGAGAACCCAGCGAUGGUUGCCAUGUUACUGAAUUACGGCGCCUCUGUGAAUAAGAGCUGUAUUCAAGGCUGGACCGCUCUCCAUGAGAGUGUGUGCAGGAACAAUGUGGAAAUCUGUGAGAUGCUGAUAAAAGCUGGAGCCAAAGUCAGCAUGCCCAACAUGUACGGAAUCACUCCUAUCUUUGUGGCUGCCCAAAGUGGAAAAGUGGAUGCACUUCGCAUGCUUUUAAAAAAUGGUGCAGAUCUCAACAGCCAGGCUGCAGAUGGAGCCACAGCGCUGUAUGAGGCCUGUAAAAAUGGUCAUGAGAACAUUGUAGAGUUUCUUCUAUCUCAAAAUGCAGACGCAAACAAGCCAGGAAAGACAGGACUGUUGCCAAUUCAUAUUGCUGCCCAGCGUGGCAAUGACAGCAAAGACCUCCUCACUUUCGGGUGUACCCACAAAAAUGUCAGGGCAACUAAUAUCAUAUCCAUGCUGAUCCCAGCCACAAGCAAGGCCAGAGUGAGACGUACAGGUAUCAGUCCCCUCCAUUUAGCAGCAGAGCGCAACAGAAACAAUAUUGUUGAAUUCCUAAUUAAGGCCGACUUUGACGUCAAUGCCAUGUUGUCUGAGGAUCGUUCUAUGAUGUAUGAAGAUCGGCGCAGCACAGCUCUAUACUUUGCUGUCAUGAACAACAAUAUCGAUGCUACCACCAUGCUCCUGAAGGCUGGUGCUAAUCCAAACCUGGACACGUUCAACCCGCUCCUGGUGGCCCUGAGGCAGGGUUGCAUCCAGACAGUGACUUUGCUGGUGGAACAUGGUGCUAAUGUCAAUGCCUACAUCCCAACUCAUCCAACUACCUUUCCAGCAAGUGUUAUGUUCUGCAUGAAGUAUCUGACCAUACUGAAGUAUCUAAUGGAUAAUGGCUGUGAUGCCUUGUCAUGUUUCAAUUGCGUUUAUGGCAGCAAUCUUCAUCCACCUAUAAAGACUAGGCGUAAUCAGAGAUAUGAUCCAGAUGAAGUUGUAGAAAAGACCUGUGUUCAGUUCUGUGAGGUGAUCUCCACCGAAAACUACUCCCGCUGGGCAGGACCGAUUAUAGACGUUCUGCUUGACUAUGUUGGGCAUGUGAAACUCUGUGCACGACUCACUGAACAUCUGGACAGUUACCACGAGUGGCAGUGCAUCAAAGAGAAAGCGACGCCUCCACGCCCACUCAUGCAGCUCUGCAGACUGAAAAUCCGCAAUCUGCUCGGGAUCAAGAGACUGAAGAAAAUUCACAGGCUUCCAGUUCCUCCAAGGCUGAUCAAAUUCCUAAAUCAUCAAGAACGAGAGCAAGACUUUUAAGCCUGCUUUUGAAUGUUGACUCUUAGUAAACACAAAGAGAACAAUGCCAUUAGAAAAUCAUAUUCAUCUGUUUGCAGUACUUGCACUGAGCUAAAAAAAUGGCUUUUGUUCUGAGUCAGUAUUUGCGCAUAUGUACUGCUUAAUAGUUUAAUAAAAUGCCAUAAAUGUUUAUAUGUAAUUAUCAGGCAUAAACAGAAUUUAGGGAACAUGUAUUGGAUAGAUUUAGUAGGUACAUACUUUAUUUUGUCUGUAUAUGCUUUUUUUAUGUCAUAAAAGCCAAAAAUGACACAGGGUGACAGAAAACAGUAACUGUUAUUUUUUUGCAAUGUAGUAGAAAUGUAUUAAAGUGCCCCUAUUAUGCCAAUUUUAC